UCCGGUGACGCAGCAGCAGGCGCCGCCGAAUGCAACUUUUGCUGUGUAAUCUGAACAAGCGACGAAGAGGAAAGCUGUUUGUGUAAUUAGUAUUCGCCAUCGAAAUAACACUUCUUAUGCAGAAUGGAAUAUUUAAUUGGCAUACAGGGACCGGAUUUUGUCCUCGUCGCUGCCGACAAUGUCGCGGCCAACAGCAUCAUUCAGAUGAAACAUGACUACGACAAGAUGUUCAAACUAAGUGAGAAGAUUUUGCUACUGUGUGUGGGAGAGUCGGGAGACACCGUGCAGUUUGCAGAGUACAUUCAGAAGAACGUUCAGCUCUACAAAAUGAGAAACGGCUAUGAACUCAGCCCCUCAGCAGCAGCAAACUUCACAAGGAAGAACCUUGCAGACUACCUUCGAAGCAAUACGCCAUUUCACGUCAACCUGUUGCUGGCGGGCUACGACGACACAGACGGUCCGGGUCUGUACUACAUGGACUACCUGUCCUCGCUGGCCAAGGCCCCCUUUGCUGCCCACGGCUAUGGGGCCUUCCUCACGCUCACCGUCCUUGACCGCUACUACAGACCAGAUCUGACCAGAGAUGAAGCAGUGGAGCUCUUGAAGAAAUGCAUCAACGAACUGAACAAGCGCUUCAUCCUGAACCUUCCCUCCUUCAGCGUCCGUUUGAUUGACAAGGAGGGCAUCCAUGACCUGGAGAAACUCACUCCCAACAAGUGACCGUUCCCCGCUUAGCUACCGGCACUCAGAAUCUUUUUUUUUUUUUUUUUUUUUU